GUUUGGCGGUUUGUGUCCUGACUAUAUAAAUAAAGAACAGCUGUUUGACAAAUGGUAAAUAAAGGACCGGCACACUGCACGUUUUUGAUUACUCAAUUUAUAUCCAUAGUGAAAAUUACUGAAUUAAAUGUAGCAAUUUGUAACAAAAUAUAAUGUUUAUUAACAAAUUGAACGCCAUGCGUCGUUUCUGCGUACUAGUCAGCCACGAUUUUUAUGCAACAACGCCUAUCUUUUAUGUUAAUGCUGCGCCCCACAUUGGACAUCUUUAUUCUGCUGUGAUAUCUGAUGCAAUGUGUCGCUACCAACAUUUGAAACAACCUGAGCAAUCAGUUCAUCUUUGCACUGGCACUGAUGAGCAUGGCACAAAAAUCCAACAAGCUGCAGCAACGCAAGAUUUGCCAGUUAAACAAUAUUGUGACGACAUUUCAGCACGGUACAGACAUUUAUUCCGAAUGGCUGGUAUAACCAACACAGACUUUAUACGCACGACGGAAGAACGUCAUAAGCAGGCUGUGUCCCACUUUUGGCGCACUCUGCACACACGUGGACACAUUUACUCUGCAGCCUACAGUGGUUGGUACUGCGUUUCGGAUGAGACUUUCCUUACAGAUACACAAUUACGUUUAGACUCUGCGGCUGGUGCGCGCUUUUCGCUUGAAUCUGGUCAUCCUGUUGAAUGGACUGAAGAAACUAAUUAUAUGUUUCGUUUAUCAGCCUUACAAGAUGAGGUUCUCUACUGGGUUAAACAGGGUAGUCGCAUACGUCCUGCUAAAUUUGAAAAAAUUCUUUUAGAUAUGUUAAGUGAACCACUGCCAGACGUUUCUGUUUCACGUCCUGCAAAUCGCGUGCAUUGGGCUAUUCCAGUUCCAGACGAUCAAUCACAAACGGUUUACGUGUGGUUGGAUGCUCUCAUAAAUUAUUUAACAUCUGCUGGUUAUCCUCAUGAAAAAUAUCGAAGAUGGUGGCCACCAAGCGUACAAGUGAUCGGAAAGGAUAUUUUAAAGUUCCAUGGCAUAUAUUGGCCCGCAUUUCUUAUUGCUGCAGGGUUGGAACCGCCACAUCAGCUAUUCGUACACUCCCACUGGACAGUAGAUGGGCAAAAAAUGUCGAAAAGUAAGCAAAAUGUGGUUGAUCCGGUUGCGGCAGCCAAAACUUACACAAUGGAGGGCCUGCGCUACUUCCUAUUGCGUGAGGGUGUAGCCCACAGCGAUGGCAACUUCAGCAACGUGAAAGCUUUGCGCAUCCUGAACUCUGAACUGGCAGACACGCUGGGAAAUCUUUUAUCACGAGUUUGUGCGAAAUCCCUUAAUCCGCAACAAGUUUACCCACGCCUGCACGCGGUGCAACUCGCUGAUUUCCUGCAGAUGGAUUCAGCCAAGCGACUACAGGACGCGUUGCAGCAAAUUGAAGCACGUUGCGCUCAGCAUUAUGCGGAUAACAAUUUCUAUUUGGUCGUGGACACCGUUAUAUCCACUUUGCAUGCAGCCAAUAACUUCUUCGAAACGGCACGACCGUGGGAGCUGAAACUCCCGGUGGCGGCUGCAGCUGCCGGUAGUGAGGCGCCGGACGCCGUAAAUGUGCAGAAUAUUGAAAAUUUCGAAAGGCUGGAGACGAUAAUCGCUAUGACAAUGGACACGUUGCGCAUCUGCGGUAUUGUGUUGCAACCGAUUAUACCGCAGUUGUGUGGCAAGCUACUCGAUAAAUUGGCAGUGCCGCCAGAGCAACGUUUUUGGCGUAACUUAGGCGAGUGCUUUGCCACAACAGCAGUGACGCCAUUGUCAUCUAAUGAAACUGUAACAAGGUCACUUGCUGCACACACCGGUACGAUGCUAUUCCGGCGCAUACAAUUUGACGAGAGCGAGUUGCAGGCGGAUAAAACACAAGUGCCGCCGAAGAAGGAGAAUACGACUAAACAAAAGGUGGGUCAGAAGGCGGUGAAGAGCAAGAAAGCAGCAUAGUAGUAACGCUGGUUAGUGUGUGUGUGAGUGUAUGUAGUAGGGAUGCUGUAGGGUGGACAACUGCGUCAGGCAAGCCUCAGCAACGAAUCUUGCCGCAAUGACAAUAAAAUAACGACAAUGGCAGAUGCGGCUGAAAGAGUGCCUGCCGCUGACGCUGCUAUUGGAACUGCUGCAUUGAAAUUCACUGUGGGCACGGCAAUGAAGUCAUUUAAAUUUGUUACAAUUUCUUGCGCUUCCUGUCGCCAUCCGCUACAUGCCACCAUGCGCCGAGCGCUUUCUUGCCACAUUUUAAAUGCUAUGCUGGCGUUGUGCAUCCUUAUGUCCAUCGUCAACGUUUGUCGUCGCCUUUCUUAUGUUCUAGCAGCUGCUCCUCGCGGCUUUCACGUAGCGCUAGUAAAGUGUUUUAAUACCUUGCGUCGGGACUGCAAGCGAUUAUUCGUAGCCGCUUAUUUCAUUGGUUUUACUAUGCUCUUAAAUAUACGUACAUACACAUAUUUCUCACACUGUUAUUUUAGUAAUCACUGUAUACACUCGUACGAUGGUAUCAGCAGAGGAAGCUGAAAGUGAUCUUGGCGCAACUUUGCCUUCUUACACAUUGAAAUAGAAUUACUUUAAGCUGUUAAAAUACCACCUGCAAUUAAUAUUGAUUUAUUAUAUAAUAUUAUAUAAUAUAAUAUAUAUAAAAUUGAAUAUAAAUAUAUUAUUUUUAAGUUUAAAACUAUAUAAAAUACAUAAAUCAAAAAUUUAUAA